GGUCGAACUGGGCUGAGCGCUGAUUGGCGGAGCGGGCGCACGUUGCGUACAUUCAAACGGGCGCGGGAGUGGGGCGGGACCGGAUGCGGCGAUCGCUGAGAGCAGCGUCUGGCGAAGGGCUGCGCUCCGGGACUCACCGAGAUACCGGCACCCACUGAGAUACCGGCACCGACUGAGAUACCAGCACCGGGAUACCGGCACAGGGACCCACUGAGGACCCGUGCACCGGAUACCGGCUCCGGCACCCUGCGCUGCGGGCCCGAGCUGUGCGCAGCCGCGGGAGGGGGAGCGGAGGGGGCCCCGGUGCGGAGCAGCCCGGACGGAGCGGCCGCCGGAGCCGCCAUGGCCUCGCAGAACGCGGAUCCCGCCGCCGUGCCCCGGAAAGCGGCUGAGGCUGGGGCCACGGCGGCGCGGGGAGCGGUGGGGAAGCGGCUGCAGCAGGAGCUGAUGGCGCUGAUGAUGUCCGGUGACAAAGGCAUCUCCGCCUUCCCCGAGUCCGACAACCUCUUCAAGUGGAUCGGGACCAUCAACGGCGCCGCGGGCACGGCCUACGAGGAGCUGCGGUACAAGCUGUCGCUGGAGUUCCCCAGUGGGUACCCCUACACUGCGCCCACAGUGCGGUUCCUGACCCCCUGCUACCACCCCAACGUGGACACCCAGGGCAACAUCUGCCUCGACAUCCUCAAGGACAAGUGGUCGGCCCUCUACGACGUCCGCACCAUCCUGCUGUCCAUCCAGAGCCUGCUGGCAGAGCCGAACAUCGAGAGCCCCCUGAACACGCACGCUGCUGAGCUCUGGAAGAACCAAACCGCCUACAAGAAGUACGUGCGGGAGACUUACGCGAAGCAGACCCACAGCCAGGACAACUGACCCACCCCACUGCAUCCCCCGUCCCUCUGCCCCUGCCCAGCGCUGCCCCCGCUUCUGUAUCAUAGGCUAUUAUUAAAUUAAUGUUGCAGUCUGAGCCACGGUUAAUGUAUAAAUAAAAGCAUGUUUAUAAAU